AUGGAAAGCCCACAUGAGGAUACGGGGCUGCCAGCAGACCCUGCGAGUCAUACCACAGGACUUAUAGACGUACAGAUGCAUCAUCCGCAAGAACUUUCCCCCAAACGAGACACCUUGGACGUGAGCCAAACGCUCUUAGAUUCAAUUGAUCGGCGCAGAGAGGCGAUCGGCCACAAAGAGGCCUUCGCUCUGAGUUGUCUGGCUCUGCAGAUGAACGCAAGGGACAAGGUUGAAAGCCUAUCGUUCCCAAGUCCUUUGCCGCAAGAUGACCAAGCAUAUUCAGGACAUAUCAAUGGCGAUGACUCUUUAUUUGUCCCGGAGGCGGGCCAUUUGUCUUUGGGUCUGCCAUUUCCAGAUGCAGUACCAAAUCUUCCUGAUCAAGAGAUUGCCGAAAUCCUUCAAGGCUACAAUCAAAUGAAUGGCGAAAUAUCUCAUGUUGUCGAUUUCCUGGAUGUUCCGGAUGACACAGAAGACCAAGAUUGUCCAUCAGAGUGGCCUGACGAGGAGCUUGAAGCAAGCACCAAGGGCGACUUAACGAAAUCGAAAUUCCAUGCUAUUCAGCGCUGGUUUAAGGGACUUGAGAAAAAGUCCUUGGAAGAUGUGAUACGCUUUGAGGCAGCGAAGCAACAGGAAUAUGCCCGAAAGAAAAGGGUCGAAAGCAGAAAAGCGCUGGAAAGACAGGAAGAAUCUAGCGACUUGGACUUGGACGAGCCAGAUGUCUCAACUGCCGGACAGCUUCCCGCCGAGCAAAAGACCGAAAGCUCCGCUAAGGCUACUAACAAGCCUCAACCAAGAAGGAGACGGCAUAACAGACUUUCGGCCGAUGAGAAAAGAAAGAGCAAGGCACUAGGUCUCGAACUCCUUCUUGGACGUCGGAAGAAACAUGAGGCGCCCGCAAAGAGACCUCGAAAACGCAAGGAAAGGGGUCCCGGCUUUGACAGUGGAAGUGGUCCAAAAAAAAGGCUAAGAGGAGGAGAUUUAAAAGCAAAGAAGUAUCUAGAAGCACUUCUUGCUUCAGGUGUUAUCUCAGACGCGCACGAAAAUGCUUCAUUGGACGCAAUACCUGAUUCUAUUGAUAAAAAUAAGACGAAAGCACUCACAAGACUUGUUGCUAGCAUUCCUAGCGCGGAUCAAAACGAGGCUAAAUCCGACAAGAGGAAAGUCCUUGAAGCGACUCGGAGGUUCACAAACAGUGCAAGGAGUGAUGGAAAGCUUGGCUGGAAGAUCAAGGGUCUCAAUACAAGCUUGUAUCACUAUCAGCUUCUAGGGGCAGCUUUUAUGCGUGACCGCGAAAAUUCACAGCAGAGUCCUUUGGGUGGACUGUUCUGUGAUAUAAUGGGGUUAGGGAAAACAAUCCAAGCCCUUGCAAACAUCGUAGAUGGAAAACCAUCUGAUCCGGAUGAUCCUGUGAGAACAACACUCAUCGUUGUUCCUUCACAGCUAGUCAGUCACUGGAAAGCCCAGAUUACGAAGCAUUGUGACAAGAAGGCGAUAGGAGAAGUUCUCAUAUACAAAGCGAAUUCGAGACUUGAGACUCUCGAUACAGUGGGUAGCUUGGAAAAAUAUGACGUUAUAAUCACUACCUACGAUGAAGUCAGGAGGUCCUAUCCACCGACACAAGCCCCAUCAGACAAUACGAACGACGACAAGAUCCAGGAGUGGUGGAAUGACUUUUACGAGGAAAGAAUAGGCCCACUACAUCAGAUCAGAUUCUACCGGGUCGUCCUCGACGAGGGCCACAUCAUCAAAAACCACCUUUCGUCAGUGUCUGUUGCUGUUCGCGCGCUGACCGGCCGUUAUAAGUGGAUCCUAAGUGGUACCCCAGUGCAUAACUACCUGGAAGAGUUCUAUCCACUUUUUGACUUUCUUGGUGUCCCUCGAAUCGGGAACAUGGGUCAUUUCAUGAAACAUUUCUGCAGCGACGAUGAUGGCCAUGGACGCCUUGUGAAUUUGCUGCGAGCUUUCUUAUUUCGUCGAACACACAAAAGCCGACUUUUCUCACUGCCUGUAAUCAAGCUGCCUGAUGUCGGCGAAAGAAUUGUCAAGGUGAAAUUCUGCACUGUCGAAAGGGAGCUCUACAAUGCAAUAUCAGAGGUGUUCAUAGAAAACAUCAACGGGUGUGCACGUCUUGAACAGCCUAAAUUGGCCCAAUAUCGAUGUUUCUUAUCGAUGAUCUUGAUGCUGCGCAUGUUUUGUAGCCAUCUACUCACAACACAGCACAUAGUGAAGAGGCUCUUGUCAGAGGGAUAUCUGAUGAAGAAACUUUCUAGAAUUGCCAAGGGAACCGGGGACCGAAAUGACACGUCUUAUAAAAUAGUGCAAUGGCUGGUCUCCGUGCGAAUGAACACGACAGUGCUCAAUGACCGUGAGAAUGAAGAUGUAGGCCAGUGUCUCGAAGAGCUCCAUGGAGACAAGAUGGCAUUGGCGGCAAAUUUCCGUCAAUUCAUGAGCGAGCUUCAUGAGCAAGAGAACUGGGAUGAAAGACUGGAAAGGACGAAUUGCCCGAGCUGUGAAUUCGUACCUGUGAACCCUGUAAUCACAUCAUGCAAGCAUUUAUAUUGUGAGGAGUGUUACUACUCCCUGCUGAAUGACAAGAACACGAUGCUUGGAAAGCCUACCUGCGGAAGUUGCCUCGAUUUGAUCGAGGAAGCCGCUUACUUCGAAGAACAGCCCAAGCAGGCGCAGUCCGUGCAGUCCACAUCGUCGGGAGCAAAGAACAAGGAGAAAAGGCUGAAAAAGAAGACGUCGACUAAGAAAGGACCGGGAAGCGGCAUGCGUCGAAUUACCUGGGGACAAACCGAGUCGGACGAAGAGUCGGAUGUUGACGAGGAAACGGAUUGGAUUAAGGCGUGCGCCCAGCACAUGCCGAGUGCUAAACUUACGAAGAUACGUGAUAUUCUUGCUACGUGGCUUGCAGAGGAUUCUUCAAGCAAGGUAGUGAUCUUUACUCAGUUCCUGGAUUUUGUUCGGAUCCUGGUCACCAUGUGCAAAACGGAAGGAUGGCCAUCUGCCUGCUUGACUGGGAAACAGCGUCUAGCAGCUCGCGAGGAGAAUAUGAGAGUUUUCAGCGACAAAGAGGGCCAAGUGAGGGUUCUAAUAGCCAGUCUGAAGGCUGGAGGUAUAGGAAUCGACCUAUCUGCGGCCAACAAGUGCAUUCUUGUCGACUUGUGGUGGAAUGAAGCUAUCCAAGAGCAGGCCUUUUGCCGGUUGUUCCGAAUUGGACAAGAAAGUACAGUGCAAUUCGUUAAGCUUAUUGUUGAGAGCUCCAUCGACGAUUACCUUCUCGAUUUGCAGACGCGAAAGACUGCGGGAAUAAGCAGCACAAUGAGUGAAGAUGUGUUGAAGGAUCGAGAUACAAUCGAAACCCUUCUUCGGAUGUUUGCACAUGUGGAGAAGGACGGCAAUGGAGUGCUUCACCUUCAAGCAACGACAUCGUCAAGGAACGUAAGGAAGAAGACAGGGUUUCGACCCUCGUUCGGUGUCUUCUGA